ACCCUCCCCCGUCCGCCCUGUGCUCCUAUUGGGCCCCGGAACAAGGGAAGCUCUCCUAGGCGUCGGGUUUUCUCCUUGAUUUGUUCUCCCCUCGAUUCUGGGUCUGUUGGGCAGUUUAAGUGUGGCUGGGGUGAAUGUUGAGGCCUUGUUCCCCGCCGGGCCCAUGGAGUCCAAAACUACUUACCUGGAAGACCUUCCACCACCGCCUGAGUAUGAAUUGGCCCCAUCCAAGUUAGAAGAGGAAGUGGAUGAUGUCUAUCUCAUUCGAGCUCAAGGACUGCCCUGGUCAUGCACUAUGGAAGAUGUGCUUAACUUUUUCUCAGACUGCAGAAUCCGCAACGGUGAGAAUGGAAUACAUUUCCUCCUAAAUAGAGAUGGGAAACGAAGGGGUGAUGCCUUAAUUGAAAUGGAGUCAGAGCAGGAUGUGCAGAAAGCCUUAGAGAAGCACCGCAUGUACAUGGGCCAGCGGUAUGUGGAAGUGUAUGAGAUAAACAAUGAAGAUGUGGAUGCCUUAAUGAAGAGCUUGCAGGUCAAAUCUUCACCUGUGGUAAAUGAUGGUGUGGUUCGUUUGAGAGGACUUCCUUACAGUUGCAAUGAGAAAGACAUUGUAGAUUUCUUUGCAGGACUGAAUAUAGUUGACAUUACUUUUGUGAUGGACUACAGAGGGAGACGAAAAACAGGGGAAGCCUAUGUGCAAUUUGAAGAACCAGAAAUGGCCAACCAAGCCCUGUUGAAACACAGGGAAGAAAUUGGUAAUCGAUACAUCGAGAUAUUUCCAAGCAGAAGGAAUGAAGUUCGAACACAUGUUGGUUCUCAUAAGGGAAAGAAAAUCGCAUCUUCUCCUACUGCUAAGUAUAUAACUGAGCCAGAAAUGGUCUUUGAAGAACAUGAAGUAAAUGAGGAUAUUCGACCCAUGACAGCUUUUGAAAGUGAGAAGGAAAUAGAAUUGCCUAAGGAGGUGCCAGAAAAGCUUCCAGAGGCUGCUGAUUUUGGAACUACGUCUUCUCUGCAUUUUGUCCACAUGAGAGGAUUACCUUUCCAAGCCAAUGCCCAAGACAUUAUAAACUUUUUCGCUCCACUCAAGCCUGUUAGAAUCACCAUGGAAUACAGCUCCAGCGGGAAGGCCACUGGAGAAGCUGAUGUGCACUUUGAGACCCAUGAGGAUGCUGUUGCAGCAAUGCUCAAGGAUCGGUCCCACGUUCAUCAUAGGUAUAUUGAACUGUUCCUGAAUUCAUGUCCAAAAGGAAAAUAAGACUUCAGGGGCUCCAGAUAAUAAGGGUGAAGCAAGAAGCAUUUCAUUUGCACAUCUUUCUUGGACGUGGGAUAUACAGUUCCGGUUUAUUAGCAGCAACUGCUAGGGAAAUGAUUUUGGUGUUUUGGGUUAAUUGCUUCUAAGAAAAGUUUCAUAGUGGACUGCUUAGAAGAAGAAAUGAAAGAUCCAGUUUGGGAUUAUGAAAUAAACCACAAAUUAAAAUUUUUGUUUAAACUGUCCAGAAUCUGAUUUAAAAAUAUGGUCUUUGUUUUAUAUGAUUAAAUGGUUUGUUUUCAUAGAUGAUAUGUUACCCAUUGUAAAGACUACAUAUUCAGCAGUGUUCUUUAAACGCUUUCAUUUAAAAAGUAACUUUUUUUUUUUUUUUUUUUGCCUGUGAAUUGAGUGCUCUGAUGUAAAACUUCUCAUGGGAUAAAACAGUGAUUUAUUGUAACCAAACAUUCACCAAAGCAAAGAAGGGUUUCAGACCUUUGAACUGGUAUGGUUUGGCAGAAUGGUUUUAAAUUUUGCUGUAUUUGAUUACUUAGAGAUAGGAAUUUUAAAAAAUCAAAAGAAAAAAUAAAUACCACAACUUAGUGAGUGUAAAUGACAAUUUGGUGGUUUUAUGUCUUUAGAAAUGUUUUGCCUUUCUAAGCCUUGUGCUAAAGGCAUUUAACGUUGGUGCCUAUCCACUUAGGGGGCAUUCUAGUCUUCAAAGUUGUCUGAACUGUCCCGCCCUGGCGUUUUUUGGUUUGGGGUAAACCUAAGGGUGUUUGUUAGUCUCAAAACUGUGAAGUGACAUGUCAGAACAGUCCAGACUGGUAAGAAAAUUAAUGGCUUCACUUGAAUUUAAACCAGCUUUAGAUAGGAAAAAAACCAGUCUCCUCAUUUGCUUUUUUAAUGGAGUAGUACAUCCCAUAUUUUAGAACAAGUAGGGGUGCCUUGCUUAAAUAAUAGCAUUUAAUGUAUAAUUGUGUGAAGGGUUUAUGGAUAAAGCUGUACUUUUGUCACAAUGUGGCGGUACAUUCUGCUUUAAUAUUAAAACAGCUUGUAAUUUAAAUAUUGGACAAAAUGGCUGGCUUCAAAAUAUAGUCGUUAAUAAACUAUGUGCACCUGUGUAGGAGAAUCAAAAUCCUGUACAGUUUCUUUGCCUUGUUCCUGUUCUCAGGGUGACGACUGCCACCAGGAGAUGCAAUUCUAGUUCUUAAAAUUAAAUUUGCCCAGAUUUCUGACAGGUGAUAUCUGGAAGAGAGAUUAUGUCUUCUCUUAAUACAGAACCGUCUUUGAUUACCAGCUAAGAUGCAAAAUCACUGUACUGUAAGUAGUCAAUAAAUGAAGACUUGUUUCAGGCUGAA